UGAACUUGUUUUUAUUUUUUUCCAUUAAAAUCAGACAUUUGAUAUUAUAAAAAUGAAGGGAAAAGAAGCAUGGUGACCCUUACCCUUAAUAAUCCCUGAGUCCGAGAGUCUUUUAAAUUCAGGAGUUCUCAGCUUCAGUGGGCUAAAACUGAUUAGAUGUCUGUACUGUCUGGCACCUAAUGAGUGAGUCCCUGGGAAAGGGAGCCAAUUAGGCUGCCUAAGGAGAAGCAAGCUGGCCUAGAUUAGAAAAACAAUCAUGUCAACUGUACUUGUCAUUGUCAUUAGCAAAAUCAGUCUGUAGGUGGCUAUUAUGAUUCUAGCCUGGACCAGAUGGGGAGCUUUGCAGUCUUCAGAAAAAAAGAAAAGACUAUUCCUUUAGGAUAAAGGAGAAGAAGGUAGAAUUUCUAUUUGAAUACUUUUUAAGUAUCAUAUUUGUGGUUUGUCUGUAUUUGUAAUCGAUUAUUUCUCUAAAAAUCUUUAUUUUUGUUGUGUAUGUUUAGAAUUGAAGGUUGUGUCACCUGGCUCCAGUACCAGCAGUUUCUCUGUUCUGUGAUCAAUGUGACUCACCUGAACACUUUUAGUAGUUAACGAGAUGAGCCAGGAUCGUGGAAAAUAUGACUUUUAUAUUGGUCUGGGAUUGGCUAUGAGUUCCAGCAUAUUCAUUGGAGGAAGCUUCAUUUUAAAAAAAAAGGGUCUCUUGAGGCUAGCCAGAAAAGGCUCCAUGAGAGCAGGUCAAGGUGGCCAUGCAUAUCUUAAAGAGUGGUUAUGGUGGGCUGGACUUCUAUCAAUGGGAGCUGGUGAGGUGGCCAACUUUGCUGCUUAUGCAUUUGCCCCAGCCACAUUAGUGACUCCAUUAGGAGCUCUUAGUGUUCUUGUAAGUGCCAUCCUUUCGUCAUAUUUUCUAAAUGAAAGACUUAAUCUUCAUGGAAAAAUUGGAUGUUUAUUAAGUAUUUUAGGGUCUACUGUUAUGGUAAUUCAUGCUCCAAAAGAGGAGGAGAUUGAGACCUUAAAUGAGAUGUCUCAUAAACUGGGUGAUCCAGGUUUUGUUGUCUUUGCAACGUUGAUUGUCAUUGUUUCCUUGAUAUUAAUUUUUGUGGUAGGACCUCGCCAUGGACAGACAAACAUACUUGUUUACAUUACAAUCUGCUCUGUAAUUGGAGCAUUUUCUGUUUCUUGUGUUAAAGGCCUGGGAAUUGCUAUUAAAGAACUUUUUGCAGGGAAGCCUGUACUAAGGCACCCACUGUCCUGGAUUCUGCUGCUAAGCCUUAUUCUCUGUGUAAGUACACAGAUCAAUUAUUUAAACAGGGCCCUGGAUAUAUUUAAUACAUCCAUAGUGACUCCAAUAUAUUAUGUGUUCUUCACGACAUCUGUUUUAACUUGUUCAGCUAUUCUUUUUAAAGAGUGGCAAAAUAUGCCUGUUGAUGACAUUAUUGGCACUUUGAGUGGCUUCCUUACAAUCAUUGUGGGAAUCUUUUUAUUGCAUGCCUUUAAAGAUGUCAGUUUUAGUCUGGCAAGUCUGCCUGUGUCUUUGAGAAAAGAUGAAAAAGCAGUGAAUGGCAAUCUGUCCAACUUGUAUGAAGUCCUUAAUAAUAAUGAAGGAAACUUAGCCUGCGGAAGUGAGCAACAAACUGGUGAAAACAUCUCUAGAAGAAAUGGAAAUCUGAUGACUUUUUGAAAAUAGGUAUAAUUUUUAAAGACUUAAUCUGUAAUUGUGGGAAUUUUUUUUGGCUGUAAAAUGAGCUUGUCUGAAAAUAGAAAUUGUCAUUUUAAAUCCUGUCUAAAGACAAUCUUUUUUUUUUAAUGAUUUCACUAAUUUGGGCAAAAACUAUAAUGACUUUCCUUUCCUUACAUAUGAAGUAUAGGACUACUAAGAUAACAAAUAUGGUUGGUUUUAGUUUCUGUUAACUCUGUAUAAUUUAAAAUUUCAAGUCUUUCAUCAUAAAAAAACUUAUUGCACUGACAGUUUUAAUUAUAACAA